CUCCUCCUAACUACCCACCCCCCUUAGAAGCGAUUUUCCGACCAUGUUGUCCACUUUGCCGGCCACUGCUCUGUCCGCCGAUGGACUUUUCCACAAUACAUCUCCGGCUUUUGAUGGCGGGUUCACCCCUAGGGAAUGUAUCGAACCGGCUAUUCUAUUCCCACAAGAAGUGGAAGAAGAAGAACCGGUUGUUUCGCCAAAGGUUAUUUUAAACUCCGAUUCAGGGUCUGAUGACUCCAAACUGAAUUCUGUUCACUCUAGUUCCAGUUCAGAUGACCCGGACCGGAAUAAUAACAAGUCGAACCGGUGUUCUGACGAGAGAAAGCGGCAGCGCACGACAUCGAACCGGGAAUCAGCAAGGCGGUCCCGCAUGAUAAAGAAAAUGCAUCUGGAGAUCCUGCGGAACCAAGCGAACCGGCUUUAAGUAGGGAAACGGUUACGAUUAAUUACUCACCAGAGUGAGAACGAUAUAUAUAUUUGCAUCCUUAAAUUCCUGCAAUGAUAAGUUGCUCUUGCAAUCAUUAACCUAAUGUUCCAACUCCAAAUUAAUUAUCCCCUAAAGCUAGACUAAUAUAUUCCCAAGUCUUUUUAUGCUUAUAAAUUACAAAUUCAACUA